UAAUUAUUAUUAUAAAGGCCGCGAGCGAGGUGGGGGAAGGGCGAGGCGAUAGAGAGAGGGAGGGGAUCACGAGGUGGGCUUCCUCCUCCGCCCAAUCCGACCGAAACAAAGCUGCCAGCGCCGCCUCCUUUAAUUCUCGGGAGCUAAAAGGAGGGGUUCACGUUUGCUUCUUGGAUCACGGGGUCACGGGAGGCCGCUUGGGCUGCGCUGCUUUGGUGUCGGAGACGCGCGCGGCGCCGGCGAGGGAGGCGGAGGGAGGGAAGGAUGGACCGGGCGGCGGUGACGGUGGGGCCGGGGAUGGACAUGCCGAUAAUGCACGACGGCGACCGAUACGAGCUCGUGCGCGACAUCGGCUCCGGCAACUUCGGCGUCGCGCGGCUCAUGCGCAACCGCGCCGACGGGCAGCUCGUGGCCGUCAAGUACAUUGAGCGAGGCGAGAAGAUUGACGAGAACGUGCAGCGGGAGAUCAUCAAUCACCGGUCGCUGCGCCACCCCAACAUCAUCCGCUUCAAGGAGGUCAUCCUCACCCCGACACACCUCGCCAUCGUCAUGGAGUACGCCUCCGGUGGGGAGCUCUUCGAGCGCAUCUGCAACGCCGGCAGAUUCAGCGAGGAUGAGGCGCGUUUCUUCUUCCAGCAACUGAUAUCAGGGGUCAGCUACUGCCAUUCCAUGCAAGUAUGUCAUCGUGACUUGAAGCUGGAGAACACCCUGUUGGACGGCAGCACUGCGCCUCGCCUCAAGAUAUGCGAUUUUGGCUACUCAAAGUCGUCGGUUCUUCAUUCUCAGCCGAAAUCUACUGUGGGAACUCCAGCGUACAUUGCUCCUGAGGUUCUUCUGAAGAAGGAAUAUGAUGGAAAGGUUGCUGAUGUGUGGUCAUGCGGAGUAACCCUUUAUGUGAUGCUGGUUGGUGCAUAUCCUUUUGAGGACCCAGAUGAGCCUAAGAAUUUCAGGAAGACAAUUCAGAGAAUAUUGGGUGUGCAGUACUCAAUUCCAGAUUAUGUCCACAUAUCUCCCGAGUGCCGAGAUCUUAUUUCUAGGAUUUUUGUCGCAGACCCGGCUACUAGAAUCACGAUCCCUGAGAUAACAAACCAUCCAUGGUUCAUCAAGAACCUCCCAGCUGACCUAAUGGAUGACAGCACAAUGAGCAACCAGUACGAGGAGCCCGAACAGCCAAUGCAGAGCAUGGAUGAGAUCAUGCAGAUACUGGCCAAAGCGACUGUACCGGCAGCUGGUUCUCGAAUCAACCAGUUCUUAAAUGAUGGCCUUGACCUCGACGAUGACAUGGAGGAUCUAGAUUCAGACGCCGAUCUUGACUUGGAAAGCAGCGGGGAGAUUGUAUAUGCUAUGUAACAAUAUCAGUACUCAACAAAGAAGCAAUUCAUGUUAUCAGCUGUCCGGGAAUCCGUUUGUACUGAGGGUAGUACAAUGCAAGUUCUGUGCUGGUGCUGCUCAUGCUUGAUGCCCCCCCCCCCCCUUAUCACCCUGUUAUUUUAUCUGUUGUUUUUGUGCACCUCUAGUGUUGUACAACAGUUUAGCCCUUUGGAUGUGACCAUGUUGUUGCUGUUGCUAGAAUCUCAAUUCAUCUGAUAACUGCUAGGCUGUCUGGAACCCUUGCCUCUGCUCCCCUCAACUACGGGGUAGCAAUGUACUUGUAUUAUUCCAUUGUGUUUGUAUCAUAUUUAUUUUAUUGUAGGCAAAUAAGGAGACGCUCCAAUUCGCCUUGUUGUC